GAUAGAAAGCUAGCAGGCAGCAGGUAGAUGUUUACACGGUCAUGUUUGACUACAGCUGGUGUUUUUAUAAGAUCACUGAGGUUUAUACCACCGGUAGAAGUUAUACCAUCACCCUGUGUCUCUGAUAUCUGCAGACGUUACCAUAGAAACACUAAAAUGCCCCAAAAGGCGAAAAAUACGAAGAAGCCGCCGGCUGCAGCAGAGGCAGAGGCGUCCGGUCCGGUGACUCGGGACAAAAGCGGCGCUGUUACCAUCACGGUGCACGCAAAGCCUGGCUCCAAACACAGCGGCAUCACAGAAGUUUCUACAGAGUCGGUGGGAGUCGCCAUCGCAGCGCCUCCUACAGACGGGGAGGCCAACACUGAGCUUAUCCGUUACCUGGCUGAAGUUCUGGGCCUGAAGAAAAGUCACAUAUCUCUGGACAAGGGCUCCAGGUCCAGAGACAAACUCAUCAGUGUGGACUCCAGUCUCAGCCCAGAGGAGGUGCUGAGGAGACUCAGAGAGGCUGCAAGCUGACAGAAAGAGGAGGAGGAGGAGGACAGAGGAUGGAAGAUCCCAUCAUGUUCAUUUCACUGAAAACAUGCAGACUAAAUAAUAAUAAUGUUGUUUUUUGUGAAUAUUAAAAUUUAAAUGAACUGCGGCCCAGUGGGAUGCUUGAAGAAGAUUAGCAUCACCACGGAAACGGACUGAUCCACCAACCAAUCAUCAGAAAGCAGGAGGCGUUUCCAAGCAGCAAAGCAGAAAACUCGACUCAGUCAAGACAGACUUUAAAAACUGUGAACUUGUCCUUUAAAAGUGAUGGGAUUUAAUAUACCUUACUGAACAAAAUAAUAAUGAUUAAAGCAGUUAGACGACUUAUCUUCUGACUAUUUUAUCAUUUUAAGUCAUCCAUACAAAUCCAAUACCAAAAUUAUUAUAUUGAUUCAUUGCUUCAGUGCUCCUGAAACCACCUGGAGCUCCAAGAGAGACAUAGACUGAACAUGAUGUUUACAUAUUAGGAGUGUCUGAAGCGGGGGUUUUUUUUUCAUGCCUGUUAUAAUAAACUGAAUAUGAUCUGUGUGAUUGACAUUUCAUAUCAUCUGCAACAGUUUAGGAGAAGCUAAACUUAAAUCGGUAGGAGACCCCGGGGAAGACCCAGGACACACUGGAGACACUAUGUCUCUCAGCUGGCCUGGGAACGCCUCGGGAUCCCUCAGGAAGAGCUGGACGAAGUGGCUGGGGAGAGGGAAGUCUGGGCUUCCCUGCUUAGGAAGCUGCCCCCGCGACCCGACCCCGACCCCGGAUAAGCGGCAGAAGAUGGAUGGAUGGAAAUUUAAAUCCUACAAGACUGACAGAAUUUUUAGAUGCUUUUGUUAAAAAAAUAAACACCUCACUUACCUCCUUUUUUUCUUCUUUUCUUCUUACUAAAAGGCUGUUUGGUUCACCCUCUGUGACCCCCUAAUUGUCUUGAUUAAGUUCACCUGGUCCA